AUGGCGAGCAAAUUUUGGGGUGGUAGCGACUCGAGCAGUGCUGAUGAGAGCUCUGAAAACGUUUCCGACGAUUAUACGUCGACGACUUCGUCGUCAGACGAUUCCAGUGAUGAUUCUGACCGAGGUCCAUCCAAAUAUCUGCAAGAUGAAAGCUCAGACAGCUCAGAGGACGAAAGAAGAGUUAUUCGUAGUUCAAAGCAAAAACACUUUGAAAUGCUUAAACAGUCUUCGAGAGAGCUGCAGCGCGUCGCGGCUGGCAGGGACUGGACGAGCGUGAUCGGCUCGUUGGAGAGUUUUCAUAAACAUUUUUUAAAGAGCACGCAAGCAUCUAUCCGAGCCGAAAGUAGCUCGAAAAUCUUCGUGCGAACAUUGGUAUCACUUUCGGAGGUGCUGGACGCGUGUUCACAUGAAGUGGACUUCAAGAAACAAAUGUCCACCACGCAAGCGAAGGCGUUCAAUUCAUUGAGCCAACGAGUGAAAAAGCAUAUGCGUGCACUGUCGCCAGCUGACAUUGAAGCCGCCAGCAGAUCACGAAAGAUUGACAUAGAGUCGGAGAGUGAAUCCGCAGACUCUACCGACACCAUUGAUGGGACGAGGGAUAACCCUACCGCCGAAUCUGAUAAGUUGAUGCAAGACAUCAUGAACAUGCCUAAAGAGGAUGUAACGUUCGAUAUGAUUGACUCAAAGCUCAAGGAAAUCGCCACGUCAAGAGGAAAGAAAGGUGUGGAUAGGAUGCGCUCGGUCGAGCAGCUGAGAUAUGUUUCUUCUCUCUCAAAGUGCGCUGCACAAGAAGUCGAGAUUCUCUUGCAUAUAAUAAGUGCUCAGUUUGAUUUGAACGGAAGUAUGUCGACUUAUAUGGCAACGCCAGUGUGGCGUAACUGUGUGAAUGAUGUACUCUGCGUUUUACAAACCUUAGAAACGAAUGACAAUAUUUUGCUCGUUGAUGGUUCUGAACUAGAGCCACGUCCGAGCAAUGAUGAAAUAAUGGCCGGAGCAAUAAUUCAACUUCGUGGAUCUUUGUGCGCCUUUGCAGAGCGCAUAGAUGACGAGUACACGAAGUCGCUUCAGUGCCUCGAUGCGCACACAAAAGAGUACAUAAAUAGACUUCAGGAUGAAGGAGCUUUACUUCUUCUUUUGCAUCAAGUCAGCAACUUCUAUGAAAGCAGAAACAGUCAUAAUGCGGUGAGCUUAUCUCUUCGAGUUCUUGAGAGAAUACACUGUAAGCGCACCGCUUCAUACAAUGCUCUCAAGAAGUAUACAGACUCAAGAAUUCAAAGUUCCGCUUCAGUUUCUGGGGGACAUAUUUGUGACAAUGGUGAAAUGGUGGAGAAGACGGACGUUUUUGUCACUAAUUUUCGAUUUCCAUCGUGCGAGCUUCAUGCACGCAUCGAGUCUUUGUCGGCUUAUAUUUUCAACUACGGAGAAGAGCGCGCAAAGGCCCGCGCACUUUUGUGUCAGAUUUUUAACGAGGCCUUAUGUGGCCAUCUCAGGAGUGCAAAAGAACUUCUUCUGAUGUCGCAUUUGCAAGAAAGCAUCCAGUUGAUGGACAUAAGCACCCAAAUACUCUUCAAUAGAGCUGUAGCACAGCUCGGAGUCUGUGCUUUUGAACUUGGAGAAUUUGAUGAAGCUUUUGUAUUCUUGUGCGAUUUGUUUACAAGUGGUCGUACAAAAGAACUACUCGCACAAGGAAUGACGCAACCUCGCUUCAACGAAAGGUCUGCGGAACAAGACAAGCUUGAGAGGCGCAGACAGUUACCAAAACAUCAGCACAUAAAUCUUGAUUUUCUCGAAAGUAUUUUCCUUGUCUGCGCUAUGCUUUUGGAAGUGUCGGGGCUGCUGAAUGUCAAGAAAACUAGAGUAUACCCACGCUACUUCUCGCGUAUCAUGGACCAGUACAAUAGGCAGCCGUUCACUGGCCCACCGGACAAUACACGCGACACAGUGAUGGCCGCGACGAAAAUGCUUCUCGUCGGUGACUAUAAGGGAGCAUCAGGACUUCUCUUAAACUUGCCAGCAUGGAACUCAUUGUCUCCGUCUGCGUUGCACGUCCUUACUAUUCUGGACGAACGAUUGAAGAUUGAGACCAUACGUGUAUAUCUUCAACAGUUUGCAGACCAAUACGCAUCUGCUAGUGUUCAUAUAUUAGCGCAAAUGGUAUCCCUGACCAAUGAGAGCGUGUGCUCCAUAAUAAGCUCAAUGAUAGCCGAUGCGGAUAUCCCUGCGGUCUUUGACAGCGUUACGCAGAGUCUCCAGUUAAGUCGUGUGCACCAUAAUCAACUUCAGUCCGCCGCAUCCGCGUUCACAGAAAAAGUCCUUGUAUUACUGGAUGCAAACGAGCGAGCGUUUGAUCGUCAUAUUGGCACUGAGAACAUCAGUUAUUACGACGAAGAUGAGUCGAGAACAAGGCGACAGGCUAAGUCAGCACCUGAACCAGAAGAAUAUCAGACGCGGCGUUUGAGAAGCGAAAACGCCCGGGGACGAUUCAUAACAGCAGACCUACACGACGGUAUCGUAAAAGCGAAGCAGCGCGAUUCUUACGGUCAUUUCUCACGGAAACAAAUUCACUGUGACUCGUGA